UUCUCUAAAUAACUUCUUAACUAAUUAAACAAGAAUGCCACUCAACAAAAAGAAGCUGAUCCUCAGCACGGUUUCAGUCAGCUUAGGCUGCAAGAAAUCGAAGCUCUCCGGUUUUUUCGACCCCAAACCCAAACCACGUUCUCCUUCAUCCAAAACAACUCCUCCUUUGCCGUCGUCAGGAUUCGAAACUUUGACCUCGUUUUCUGUGAGCUCGGGCACAGCCAUCCAGUUCCGGGACAUGGACAUAGACAAGGAAACCAAGUGUUCGACGGCGACGGUUAUAGGGUUUGGGCGUGUGGGAGGGGAGAGCGUGGCGGUGGAGAAAGAGUCGGAUGACCCUUACUUGGAUUUCAGGUACUCAAUGUUGCAAAUGAUAUUGGAGAAAGAGAUAUAUUCCAAAGAUGAUUUGAUGGAGCUUCUCAACUGUUUCUUGAAGCUCAAUUCGCCUUAUUACCAUGGGAUCAUUGUUAAAGCUUUCACUGAGAUCUGGAACGGGGUGUUCUCCAUCAAGCCUGCUGACCGUUCCUUGAAGCCAGUUUAUAUUUAG